AGUCGAAAGCAUACCCCGACCGUAGUGUAUAUAUUCUGUGCCCCUAUUGUAUAAAAAAAAUGAGUCACAUUUAAUAAUACGACACACCGAUACAACAAAAACAUUUAGCUCCGGUCUGGGAAAAAGCGUAUGUAUUCGCUUAUUUCGCUUCUUCAGAGUUCAGUGUACUGUUGUGCGCAGUAACGUGCCGUCGUGUCGGUCGCGACCGUAAAAUAGGAUAAAAUACGAACUUACGUCAUUCAAACUUUAGUGACCCCCAUUUACCUAUACAAAUCAAAAUGAGCGUUAACCAAGGAAACAAAAAUAUAACAAAUCUAGAUUCCUUACUGACAUACAUUUAUAGGAAUUAUAUACAAAUCCAAGAGGGUGACUUCAGGUUGCAUUACAGAGUUUUCGAUGUGAUUUGCCGCCAACUUCGCGAAAAGAUGAAAGAAGUUGAUCAAUUUUACAAUUAUUAUUCCAGUACGGUUCAGGCGAUGGGGAGCCAUUAUGACCGCUUGCGCAUCAAGAAACCCGACGAAUUUGACAUAUUCAAUGUUAUUGUUUUGCCGUGUGAGGUCGUCAACUCUCCCGACUUUGAAAUAAGAGGGAAAGAAGCCGCGUUUGUGUACAUUAUAUUGGGCGAAGAAUGCAGGCGGGUGUUGAAAUCUGGUCCAAAUUCAGUUAGAAACAAAAAGGUCUUGGACUGGGUAGACGACUGUGGAUAUUUGCGGCGCUCGUUGUUUUCUGAUUGGUUCAAAAGCGUGGUGGCGAGAGCGCUAAAUAAAUUCAAAAGUAAUAAUUCGCAUGUCGCUGUUUUCCAAGUAGAUGGGAAAAAAUAUACAGUGGCACUUAGUAACGCAGGGCCCGCGAUCACUCUCAAUAUAGAGAGUAUGGAUGGAUUUCGAAUGGAUGUGGACUUUGUGCCAGCUUUGAAGUUUUCUGAGAAACUGUGGCCUCCGAGUCCUGAUUAUGUGAAAAUUCCGAAACGUUGUAGGAAAGAUUUUUGGAUGGUUGUACCCAAACCGAACAAAUAUAGAAAAGAAGCCGUGAAAGCUCGAUCAUGGCGUGUGGCGAUGCCACAGCAAGAGCGGGAGUUGAUGUACAACUCUUACAACCUGAGGCAGGCUAUAAGACUUCGCAGAAUUGAAAACGACUUUAAAAUACUAGGAAGCAAACCUUAAACCUUUAACCUACUAACCAAUAGUACCUACCAGCGGUAUUAUAAUCUAUAACCACAGAACACAGAGAGAGGUUGGAAGAGCCGCCAGUUAUGUGUGAGUAAAUACUAUAGAAACUAUAGAAACCUAAUUCAGGCACCAGUCUCUCACAAUACUAUAACAUAUUGUAACCCACAAGUGGUAUACCACAAUAAACUAUUUUUUUCAUGUGGGAGAAAAAUAAAUAAAUGAUUGAUUGAUUGAAUACUUAUAACUUGACCAAAAAUUGGUUCUGAUUGUGUUGUUGCUCUCAGGUGUGAGCGCUGACUGGUUUGAUUGUUAAAUGUCGCGUUGUUUGAUUGGCUAUUAUUCAUUGGGUGAAAGUGUAGUGGGGGCGAGCCAGCGACAUCGGUUCCCGUACAAACGGUCUAUGAUCACCCUACUAACCUCUUUCUGUGUUGUGUCUAACUGUAUUAUAUACAUUAAUAUAGAAAAGUUCUACUAAUCUUGCUUUAAGCUUGAUUGUUUCUUUUGUGUUCUAAAUUUUGAUGACUGGAAGGAAAGGAGCGGUAGAAAAGAAAAUAUGCAUUCGAAAGAUCACAUAAUUUGGAUAGGUAGUAGGUACUUGAAUACUUUGUAUUGAAAUCUCAACAUUUCCUCUUUUAUAUUUGCGAAUACGAAGCCAGGUCGAAGGUGCUAUUAGGUACUGUAUAUGAAUGAACAAUAGUAUUUAAUAUCGGUGGUUUAUAUUGUAUAUCAACCUCAAAAUCGCACUUCAAGAAAGUAGAGUUGUUUUUCCGAAAACAAAUAAUGCCUGGUACGCAAGUCAGAUCAGUUAAAUUGAUCGGAAGUCCUCAAUAGCUUCCUGUACUCUUAGCACGGACCAAUAUCGAAUUUGAAUAGGUAGUUUGCGAGUCCGAAAUGUCAUU